UUCUGUCACUUUGUUCUGCUCCGCUACGAAAAUAUUAUUUUCUUAUCCACUGAUAAGUGGUAAAUGACCUUCUCGUCCUUAAAAUUACAGAUCCCGGGCACUAGCUCUCAUAUGCAUCCCAACAAUGGAAGACGUGAAGCUGCUGGGAUUUUGGUCCAGCCCUUAUGUUCACAGAGUGAUAUGGGCUUUGAAGCUUAAAGGGAUCAGCUACGACUACAUAGAACAAGACAGGUUCAACAAGAGUGAACUGCUUCUUCAAUCCAAUCCAGUUUACAAGAAAGUUCCUGUGCUUCUCCAUGGCGGCAAGGCCAUUGCAGAGUCUGUGAUUCUUGAAUACAUCGAAGAAACCUGGCCAGACACCCCUUUGCUGCCAAAAGAUGUCUAUGACAGGGCCGUAGCUCGGUUUUGGAUUAAAUAUGCUGAUGAUGUGAUCAAAUCAGUCACUGCGCCAUUUUUUCAAGCUUUUGAGGAUGAACAAGAAAAAGCAAACACAAUCCAGAAAGCCCUUGAAACUCUUGAAGUGUUGGAGGAUCAAGGCCUAGGGGACAAGAAUUUCUUUGGAGGCAACAACAUUGGAUUGGUGGACAUAUCAUAUGGAGUUCUUGGAAUCUGGUUGGAAGGUUUGGGGGAAAUUGUGGGAAUAAAACUGAUAGAAGCAAGCAAUUUGCCUCGCUUGCAAGCAUGGCUUCAGAGAUUCAAGCAGAUCCCUGUCAUAAAAGAUAACCUUCCUAAUUAUGAGAAGCUUAUGAUCCAUCUCCAAUGGCGUAGGGAAGUAACUAUAUCAGGAUCACUCAAGUCAUGAGGUAGAAAGUGAGCGCAUGUUUUAGAGAAACAGAGUGUUUAUUCUACUACCUUGUGAAGGAAGAAUGUGAUGGUGAAAUAAAUUCUGCAAUAAUAAGAUGUCUGUCUAUCACUCACUCGUUACAAGUGAGGCCGUUCGGUAGCCUACAUUAAAAAGAUCGUUUUUGUUACAAAAGUCUUGCUAAUAAUUAGUGGUCUGUAUUUGAUUCUAAGAUAAGCAAAGGCAGCAAACUGGCAUGAGUUUGGUUGGCUAAUGUUUGAUGAAUUUAGAAUUAUCUGGAAAGAUGAAUUCUCCGUUGUGUCA